AUGUCGCUGAUGGAAACUGAGUACAACUCCAGUUAUGCUGAUGAACUCCGGCUAAGCCUUGGGGAUAUUGCCCAGUUUCAAAGUGAUUGGUCCAAUGCGGAACCGAUCGCCCGAACGGAAAGCUUGAUGUGUAUGGGACACAAUGCCUUUGAUGUCGUCUCGGAUGCUGAGACGCCACGGGGCGAGCUUUGCGUCUUACGCUGCCCGACUGCUGGAACCAAAAAGUGGUGUGGCAUUCUCCAAGGCUCCCAGUUCCUCGAUGAUGAAGCCAAAUUGCUAGUCUCGAGGAACCUGGAAGAGGAAGCAGAGGCGUAUCCUUCGUCGGGCACUGGUAGCGAGCCCAGCUGGGGCUAUAUGGUUCAAGUAAUUAUCAACGGCGAUCUCACCCUUAGAGUACGAGCAGCUCGUCCUAACCAAUCGUGGGGAACAGAUUCUGGAAAUUGUGGGGCAACUUCCGGCCAAGAACACCAGCUACCAGAGAUCCCCCAAGAUAAUUAUGGGAUGUUCCACCUGCAUUUCGAGCAUCUCAUCAACAACAAUGGGGUGUGGCGACCGGAGAUCUAUGCGAUCGUUGCCUUCCACGGCCAACAAUACAAUUAUCGAACACGGGCACGCGUUGACGGGAAUAACAACGAGGGAGAGAACUGA